AAUUUAAAAAAAAUGGCCAAACUAAAAGUUAUAAUUUUUGAUUUAGAUUACACCUUAUGGCCAUUUUGGGUUGACACCCAUGUAGAUCCUCCAUUUAAAAAGAGUGGUUCAAAAAUUGUUGACUCCAGAGGAAAAACGAUAAAAUGUUAUUCUGAAGUACCGCAAGUCUUGGAAAUCCUGCAUAAACAGGGAUAUACUUUAGCAGUUGCUUCUCGAACAUCAGAAAUUAAAGGAGCCAGGCAGUUGAUAGACUUAUUUGGGUGGGAAAAAUAUUUCAGUGUUAAGGAAAUAUUUCCUGGAUGUAAAGUAACUCACAUUAAUAAUAUUAAAAAACAGACUGGUGCUAAUUAUGAAGAAAUGUUAUUUUUUGAUGAUGAACAAAGAAAUAUAUUUGAUUUAACCAAAAUUGGAGUUGCCUCAAUUUUAGUUAAGGAUGGAGUAAAUAAAAAAGUCAUAGAAGAAAGUUUACCUAAAUUUUUACAGAAAUCUAAAUAGGAACCAAUUUUAAUUUAUUUUCGUAAAUUAAAAAUUUU